AUGAGCUGCACCAACACCCUGGGAAGGCCAAUCAUGUGUCAUGUGACCCUGCUGCUGUUUAUCCUGGGAGUCAGCACAACGCCCUCUGUCCAUGGGUUGGAUUUGCACCAUCUCAGCAAAGGAUGCCCGCCCCCUAGGGGCCUGAACCUCAACCAACCAAUCAAAGUCACGCUGAACAUCAGUGGGCAGUCCCAGGCCCUGGGCAAAGACAUCAGCAAGCGCUCCCUGGCUCCUUGGGACUACAGCUUCGACAUGGACAACAACAGAUUCCCCUCUAUGAUUGCGGAGGCUAAAUGCCGUUACGCCCAUUGCCUGGACGCUGAGGGGAACCUGGACCUGGACGUCAACACCGUUCCCAUCAAACAGGAAAUCCUGGUCCUGCGCCGGGAGAUGAAAGGCUGCACCCCAAGCUUCAAGCUGGAGAAGAAAAUGGUCACCGUCGGUUGUACCUGCGUCCGACCUGAAGUCAAGGAACAACAACAAUAACGGGUCCUUUACCCACUCGCGUUACUAUGAGAGAAGCCUCUGUCCUAAAUUAUUUCCCACUUGGAGCAGAACGCUCGUGAUAAGUAGCACUGAGUAGUGCAGGUAUCUGUGUAGCAAUGUACGUUGCUUAUAUGCCCUUAAUUAUAUUUACUGUAUUUAUUUGACUGAAGUUCUCAUUGCAGUGAAUGCACAUUUAUUUAUUUUUAUAUGUUCUAACUUUAUUAUGAAACCUGAUCAAUAAAGAUGAUUGUUCCGA